AUGCAAAAUACUUUGAUAAGAAAAACAGUCAAGAUGACAAACGAGCUCAUAAAAGAACGAGACGUGGAAAUGGAAAUUAUACGAAAAAUUAAAAGUAUGAAACGAAGGAAAGGCAGUAGAGAAGCAAAAGAAAAGCUAAAAAACGUUGAAGAUCAUUCGAAAUUUUUCAUUUCUCAAAACAAUAUGCUUGCAAAACAAAUGAUUGCAAAACAUGCGUUAAAAGCAAAGCAACAUCAGCUUGAAGAGAACUACCUCAAUGUUUAUGAAAAAAGAAUGAAGGAAGUUCAAUCAAAAGCCCAGAAUGACGCUUUGAAUUUAUACGAACUUGACGAAAAGAGACAUAUUAACAGAAAGCGAAAGGAAAUUGCUUUAUAUCAAUUGGACAUGGUUAAACAGGCACAAGUGGAUAAAUUACAAUCAAAGAUGCUUAAAGCGAAGGUUGACAAAUAUUUAAGCGAAUUGGAAAAAGAAAAACGAGAGGAGGAAGAUAGAAAGGAAAGAGAGUUACGAAAUAUGCACCGAAAACGACAAAAAGAAAUUGCAAAAUUAGAGAAAGAAAAACAACGUCCAAGAGACUUUAAGUUCAUCAAGGAACUUAGUAGCCAGCAAACGAGAGAGAUUGAUCAAGAUGAGGAUCACUAUUCCGACUCGUCAUAUAUCACAGACAGCGACGACGAAGACGCACCAAUUGUUGUUGUUACCAAAUCCCAAAAACCAGCAGUUGGUAAUAUUAAUAUUGAUCUAAGCAAAAUUAAUGCACAACGUCCUUAUACAGAGAGUGAAAAGUAUGACACUGCCAGGUCGUCCCUUAGUGCUCGUCUUAGCGUUGGCAAUUUUUCCCCUCGAAUCAACUUGGAUCAACAACAGAACAGCUCUUUUCAGUCUCCCAGAGAUUUUGACACUUACUCUUCUUCAAAGAAAGAACAAUCCAACCACUUCAAUACUAUUGGUAUUUCAAGUCAAUUCUUAUAA